CGAUUUGAAUAGGGCAUGUACUAUAACAUCAAUAUGAUCUUUUUCUUGGUAAUAUUAAUUUCUUCAUUGAUUUGAAUUUAGGCCGGAUUGUGAAAGUCGGCUCACAUUUAAUUGACCAAGUAUUAUUUGCAUUAAAAUGUAUACAUUGAAGCGGAUUGAUCGAUCCUUCAUUAAUCUAAGAUUAUAAAUUUAAUUUUCGUUUGCUUCUACACUCAGCUUGAAAAGAGAGACAAAUUUUGAUCAAACCGUCAAAAACAUGUCCCGCCGCCGAUGGUAUAUUUUCUUGUCUGCCCUUUUAUUGGCCGCCGCCCCGGCCCAGGCCUCGCGUCGUGCAGCCGACGGGUUACCCAUCGUGAGGAACAUCAGUGAGAUGGGAGAAGAUAGCUACGGUCUUCCUGGUUUGUCUCACAUCACCAUAGCUGGUUCAAUCAUGCACGGUUUUAAAGAGGUUGAAGUGUGGCAUCAAACACUUGGUCCAGGAGCAGGAACACCAAUCCACAGGCAUUCAUGUGAGGAAAUAUUUGUGGUUUUAGAGGGCAGUGGCACUCUUUAUCUUGCCUCUAAUUCACAUCUCAAACAUCCCGGCACCCCUCAACACUUGCCUUUUUCCUCAAACUCGACGUUUCACAUCCCGGUUGACAACGCCCAUCAGGUCGUCAACACAAACGAGCAUCAAGAUUUGAAGUUUCUAGUUGUCAUAAGUAGGCCGCCAAUGAAACUGUUCGUGUAUGACGACUGGUUCAUGCCACACACUGCUGCCAAAUUGCUAUCCCCUAUUUUUUGGGACCAAGGGAGUUAUCAGACACCUCAAGAGAACGAUGAGCUCUAAUAUUCCAAGGUCCAGCAUUCAACUGUAGCUAGUCUUGCAAGAAAUUUGAGCUUCUCUCAUUUCUACAAAUAUGUUUCAGUUUGGCAACUUUGCGUCCCCUUAUUAGGGUAGAGAUGCACAAGUUCAUGUGUAAUAAUCAGUUGAAAAUUGGCAUUCCUAUCAACUCAAAUAAAAUUUGACUGUGUUUUACAAAA